UACAAAUCUAUUACAUUUAUUGAGGUUUCAAGUGAUGAUGAAAAACUGCUGCAAGUAACUAAAUUAAAACGGAAUGAAUAUAGAUAACAGACCAAAGCCACCUUCACAGCAGAAGCUUGCUGAAAAGUUGAUCAUUCUUAAUGAACGAGCACAGGGCUUACUUACUCGACUGCACUACAGCAAACAGAGCUGUGGAGAGGAAAGGACCAGACCACCAUGCCUCACUGAUAAGACAUUUGACAAUGUUGUGAAAACUAUCACCAACAAGUUUCCAAAACUAGACAAAGCCCAGUCCUCUAUCCAAAGCAUGAACUUAAGCAACUCCAUAAAGAACGAUAUGAGACAACACUUGCAGGUUCACUACAACACGUUUGUUGAUAUCCUGGAGCUGAAGGAGUAUGUUAUGGAACUGCUUACUAAUAUUAGUGUGGAGGCGAUGUCAUUUGACAUUCGUAUCAACUUCUCUCUUACUGCAAACUUCCUUGACAUCCUCUGUCGGUAUGUUAAGAUGAUAAUAUUGUUGGGAAAACAUGAGAAUGUGAAAGCAAUUAUAGGGAUAUACAACAUUAUCUACGAUCAAUCUUGCGGGGAAGCCGACCCAAGCCGAGAUAUUCACCGGUUAGGAAACCUGAUCGAGAGCUGUGACACACCACUUAAAAAGCUGGUGGACGAGAUUCUGCCUCUCUCCCUGCGUGUGGGUCUGGCGCUCAAGUCUCUACACAAUCUUCACAAUGAGAAGAAUCUUCAUAUCAACGAGAUGAGGGACCACAGUGUUUACAAACUCAUUUCACAGAACGGGUUGUCAGCAGAACCAGUGGUAGCUCCUGACCCAGGUUGUAAAAUGAUAAGUCUAGAUAAACUCAACGAAUGGAUUCUUUAUGGGUAUUUGGUAUGUCCCUCUCAACUGAACAGCAGUGAUCAGAAGGCUUGGAAGAAUGCUCUGAGUGACUCGUAUAUAGUUACUUUGUUUAGAGAUGAGGUGGUCAACAUUCACGAUAUGUAUAUCGAGGUAUUUGAACGUUACAAAGGACACCGGAAGCUGAUUCAGAUGGUACAGGAAGCAGCCAUUUCCUUCGCCAAGAAUACCCCCCUCAAGCACCAGGGUCGGAGAAACUAUCUGAGACUGAUGUUGAGUGAGAUGAUAAACAUUGUGACCUCAUCACCUGGUCUUAUAGCCCCUAAACUUCUUCUCUUGCUGGACGCUAUGAGCGCUGCUACAGGAGAGGUGUUGUGGCUAGUAAGAAACUUUGACUUUGAUUGGAAGAAAUGCAAAGUUAAAGUAUCUUCGGAUAACUUUAGUGACCCUCUUAUAGCACAACUCCUUCACGGCAUUGAUUCGCUCUCCAGACUCAUCAAGAAUUACCACCCCAUCAUCAAACGUUACUUCUUACAGUACCUGAAACAAAGCGAUUGUAUUGAACUACGACACAUCAUACAAAACUUCCCGGCUCCUGAAGAAGAAAGCUUGCUCCUCACGUCCUUUAUUGAUAAGUUAGGGGUACUCGACAUUACCAAUCUUGAGGCUGACGAGGAUUUCAAACCGCUCAGAAUCGACUGGCAGCGUCUUCAGGCGUACACUAAUGUCAGUCAAAGUCAGCUGCAACUAAAGCAACACGAGGGUCUUGCGGUCUGUAUGAAUACAAUCGAAUACCACUCAAGAUGUGUGGACAGCAUGGACAUCCUGCUGAAAGAAGUUACGGAUCUGAGCAACUUGUGCUUUUAUCAGAAAAUAAUUCUGGACUCAUUCCAGAAAUGCUUGGAGCGGUCAGACACUGCACCAUACAGUGUGGUGUACGCGGGGGUUUGCUCCCAUUUCAUCAAUACCUGUAACGAUUACUGCCCUGAGGAACACUGCUUCAUCGGCAAGAAGAGUAUCGAUCUGGCCAACAAUUUCCUAGAUAUGACUGCUAGAGAGGCUCAGAGAUAUCUGGAACUAUACUGUCUUGAGAGGAUAGAGAUGCACAUGAACACGCACCCUUCCUUUGGUGCACAACUCAUGGCUGAAGCUAGGAAUAACAAAGAAAGAGAGGCUAAGAAAGAGCGGCCCGCUCUACCUAUCCCUCUACCUGGCGCUGAGAGCAAGAAGUCUAAACUGGAGGACAUGACACAGAUGGAAAAGAACUUUGCUAAGAUGGUGUCUCAUUUACAGGCACUGAACACGUUACCUAACCUGGUGGUAUGGCAGCACACUUUCGCACCAAGAGAAUACAUCAUACACUAUCUGGACGAACUCUUCAACCGACUUAUUUCGCAGCACAUAUUCCAAGAAGGAGGACAACAGAUCCAACUCCCAAGUAUUAUGUCUCACAGAUUAGUCGGUAUCAUGGAUGUUUUCAGACAGUUAGAGAGUUACAUUACUCUCGAUACUUCUAGAAUAUUCACCAUCAGCCUCCUGCAACACACACAGCCACAAGAGAACUCUCCUGGACCCACACUAGCAAGUCAAUACACAAUUUGGUAUCUUGACAAGCUAGAGGAACACAUCAAGAGUGGGGAGGUGUGUUUUGCGCCGCUGCGCAAGUGCUUCGUGCGCAAACACCAGAUGGCACCUAACUUCAACGCGGAACUUUACACAAACAUAGCGGAGUUACAGGCUCUAGCGAAGAUGUUAGGCCCGUACGGUAUAAAAUACAUGGGAGAGCAGCUCAUGGAGAGAUGUGAACGACAAGUACACGAGAUGUUGAGCAUUGUUCAGGAGAACAAGGAACUGCUCAUCCAACUCCGAGCAUGCACCAUGGAUCAGUUCCCGACCGGCGCGUUAUCAAAGUCAUUGAAAAGGCACGACCAAUUCAUGGCUAGCUGUAUUUUGGUGGGAGCCCUGUUAAAUUUCAGACGUCUUACUCUUGCUGCGCUGAAGACUGUAGUCGCUAAACGAGCUCCAUUCUUACAGAACUGUAUUCUUGACUUCAAGACGAAUAUCCGCCCUGACGUGGAUCCCAGUAUCCCAGAUGAGAUUGCAUCUGCUGCUGGGUUCGAGGUUGAUGCUGAUCCGGUACUCUGUGCUGCAAUACAGAAACACUGCGCUAACCCUGCCUCUGAAACUCUGUGGAUGCUAUUUAACGUGAUGGUAGCUGUCACUCUCCCUCUACAGUCUCUGGACAUCAACUCUGUGUACCGGACACCUAUUGAGGGACACGAGAACAAUCUGCAUUGUGUUUCUACUGCUGUAACCUGGCUUUCUUCUUGCGUUUAUACUAACUUAGUGCGCUCAGGAUUAGAAAAGGAGCCGUUACAGGUGAUAUUGAAGGAGAGAAUGAGGGAGUUUGUUGAGAAAGUUUCUGAGAGAAUGCUCAAACUACAACUGGAAGAUGACAAGGAGUUACAAAAGGAGAUCAAGCAAAGGGAUUCCCUCUUUAUAUUGCUUGAGAAAAUGGUAAGGGACUCUAACUACAUAACGUACGACAUGUUGGAAAAUAACUUCCCAUUUACCAUACUGAGAAACUCUUACCGAGCUGUCUAUGAAAACAAGAAAAAGAAACAGCAGAAGAUUGAGAACGAGAUCUAAGGAGUACUAGAUCCUUGAUCUGCAAGCCUCUGCUCGUCUAAGACGUUGGAUUGAAGAUUACCCGUUUUGUAAUUAUUAGUAAAACGCUUUGAAAUUGUUUUGAUUGAUUAGUGAUAAUAAUUGACGAAAACUGAAAAUUUGACGGUUGAAUUUUUUAUUAUACCGAAUGAGAAUUGAAUUGUAAUAGCAAUUUAAUUUUGUAGUAUGUAGUCAUUAGUCACUAGUCAUCCUGCGAAAAACGCUUUAGUUACCAUGAAAAGUUAUCUUGAAAAGCUGAAGAAUAUUUCUACCUUAGGACAAGGUAGUUUUUUUUACAUACUUUG